AUGGAUUCCCCCUACUUGCAAUCGUGUAGCCUCGAGGUCUCCUCUGAGUCGUCAACGGGAUCCCGGGAGCCGUUUUCUCUGGACGUGCUCCUCUGCCAAGCUGAAUCCCUGCCCUUCAACGAGAACGACUCUGAGGAGAUGGUGCUCUUCGGCGUGCUGGCGGAGGCCGGCGGCGCGAGGAGCGGCGACCGGACGCCCUGCUCCAGCCGGGGCAGCGCCGGCCAGGGCCACCCGGAGAGGGGAAAGGAGAGGUGCUACCGCGGGGUCAGGAAACGCCCCUGGGGGAAAUUCGCGGCGGAGAUAAGGGACUCCACCCGGCACGGUGCUAGGGUUUGGCUGGGAACCUUCGACAGCGCGGAGGCGGCGGCGCUGGCCUACGACCAGGCGGCCUUCUCCAUGAGAGGGUCCAUGGCUGUGCUCAACUUCUCCGUGGAGCGUGUGAGGGAGUCCUUGCGUGAUGUCAAGUGCGACGACGUCAACUGCUCUCCCGCGGUGGCCCUCAAGAAGCGGCACUGCGCGAGAAAUCGGUCCUCAAGCAGGAAGGGCCCCCAAGCUAGGGGCCUCGACGUGGAUGAUUCCGUAGAGAUGGAGGACCUGGGCGUAGAGUUCCCGGAGGACCUCCUCAUGGCCUCCGAUGACUCCGAGCCCUGGUAA